GCUGAGCGAGACGUGCCCGGCUCUACCUGACGUGGCGAACGCUGAGCGCACAGGAAACGGAACGGCUGCCGGGGACGUAGUUUUGUACCGAUGUGAGCCGGGCUUCACCAUGACAGGAGCGGCCAGCCUCACGUGUCAGGCAGGCGUUCCACCCAGCUGGGACACCAGUCCGCCUAACUGCACAGCUACGUGUCCAGCAGACGAAGAACGCCCUGCCGGUACUGGAGUCAUUUUAAGCCCCGGAUAUCCAGAUGAGUACGGAACCGACCAGGACUGUGCUUGGGUCAUCCGUGGGUGCGGCGGACCGGUCACGUUAUCCUUCCGGUUCUUCCAGACGGAGGAGGACUACGACAUUCUGAGCGUGUAUGACGAUUCCCUGGACACCCCAGCUCUGGAGUACAGCGGGCAGCUUGACCUGAAGGACUACAUCAGCAUCUCGUCUGUUUUGUACGUGAGGUUUACAAGUGAUGGAAGUGUUACCGACAGCGGCUUCUGGAUCGACUAUAGCUCGUCUUGCUGCAGCGACCCCGGAGCCCCGGUCAAUGGCGGCAGAGAGGGCAACAGCUUCAGCCCUGGUGACGUUGUGGUGUUCUCGUGUAACGACGGGUUUGAGUUGAUCGGGGAGAAGAACGCCACCUGUCGAGAAGCAGGCAACAUUACAGAGUACGACUGGUCCAGCCCUGCACCCGUGUGUCAGGCUGUAGUAAGCGACACCUGCCCGGCUCUGCCUGGCGUGGCGAACGCUGAGCGCACAGGAAACGGAACGGCUGCCGGGGACGUAGUUUUGUACCGAUGUGAGCCGGGCUUCACCAUGGCAGGCGCGGCCAACCUCACGUGUCAGGCAGGCGUUCCACCCAGCUGGGACACCAGUCCGCCUAACUGCACAGCUACGUGUCCAGUGGAGGAAGAACGCCCUGCCGGUACUGGAGUCAUUUUAAGCCCCGGAUAUCCAGAUGAGUACGGAACCGACCAGGACUGUGCUUGGGUCAUCCGUGGGUGUGGCGGACCGGUCACGUUAUCCUUCCGGUUCUUCCAGACGGAGGAGGACUACGACAUUCUGAGCGUGUAUGACGAUUCCCUGGACACCCCAGCUCUGGAGUACAGCGGGCAGCCCGACCUGAAGGACUACAUCAGCAUCUCGUCUGUUUUGUACGUGAGGUUUACAAGUGAUGGAAGUGUUACCGACAGCGGCUUCUGGAUCGACUAUAGCUCGUCUUGCUGCAGCGACCCCGGAGCCCCGGUUAACGGCAGCAGAGAAGGCGACAGCUUCAGCCCUGGUGACGUUGUGGUGUUUUCGUGUAACGACGGGUUUGAGUUGAUCGGGGAGAAGAACGCCACCUGUCGAGAGACAGGCAACAUUACAGAGUACGACUGGUCCAGCCCUGCACCCGUGUGUCAGGCUGUAGUAAGCGACACCUGCCCGGCUCUGCCUGACGUGGCGAACGCUGAGCGCACAGGAAACGGAACGGCUGCCGGGGACGUUGUUUUGUACCGAUGUGAGCCGGGCUUCACCAUGACAGGAGCGGCCAGCCUCACGUGUCAGGCAGGCGUUCCACCCAGCUGGGACACCAGUCCGCCUAACUGCACAGCUACGUGUCCAGUGGAGGAAGAACGCCCUGCCGGUACUGGAGUCAUUUUAAGCCCCGGAUAUCCAGAUGAGUACGGAACCGACCAGGACUGUGCUUGGGUCAUCCGUGGGUGCGGCGGACCGGUCACGUUAUCCUUCCGGUUCUUCCAGACGGAGGAGGACUACGACAUUCUGAGCGUGUUUGACGAUUCCCUAGACACCCCAGCUCUGGAGUACAGCGGACAGCCCGACCUGAAUGACUACAUCAGCAUCUCGUCUGUUUUGUACGUGAGGUUUACAAGUGAUGGAAGUGUUACCGACAGCGGCUUCUGGAUAGACUAUAGCUGUGAGGCCACAAUAGGAUGCGGCCCCGACGAGUUUGCGUGCGCGAACGGGAACUGCACCCGCCAGGAGGCGCUGUGUGACGGACAGGACGACUGCGGAGAUGGCAGCGACGAGUCUGGGGGGAAUUGCACAAUUGGUAAUGGCCCCACGAGUAGACACAGAAAGGUUGCGCGUGUAAAGCGACAAGCCGACGGUGAGUGCGGUGUGGAAGUCUCGGCGAGGCGGGACUGCGGCUCGCCCGGCAUUACUCAGGCGGAGUGUCUGCAGCGGGGAUGCUGCUUUGACAGCACAACGGUUAACGCCAUCAUGUGCUUUUACAAGAGAGACACCAGCGAGGACCUGAUUUCGCACGGCUGUUACGAGGACGUGUCUAGCCGGAGGUUUCCCCACGCCUCCGUCACCGCCUCCGACAUGACUAAUAACCAAUGCUUGGAGCACUGCAGACAACAGGGAUUCUCUUACGCAGGGACCCAGUACUCGACCCAGUGCUUCUGCGGGACGGAGCGGAACUUUGCGGACCUGGGAGAGGUGCGUCCUGCGGCGGAGUGCGGCAGCUCCUGUGGGGGUGACGCGGCUCAGGUCUGCGGGGGGAACUGGAGGCUGUCGGUGUACAGGGUAACCGGCUGUACCCUUUGGACUCGGUGGUUUGACCGUGACGAUCCCAGCGGGACCGCAGACUCGGAGCUGCUGUCCGACCUUCGGCAGGAGAACCCGGGAGAAAUCUGCUCCGGCCCCGCGGCAGUCCAGGCCCGAGUCCGCGCGACACAAGUGGACGCCAACCAGACGGGCCAGCAGUUCGAGUUGUAUGACAAGGCAGUCGGCUUUUUAUGCCGGAACACCGACCAAAGCGACGGCACCUGCCUGGACUAUGAAGUGCGCUUCUGCUGUGAUUCUGAGCCCGUUGGUUUAUGGACGUUUCAUGCGGAGAACGGGAUGACAGACAUUACCGGAAACGGAAAUGACGCCGUGACAUCAACCAUUGAGCUGUCGGAAGGACCGAACGGCACCACGGGAUCGUACGAGUUUUCCGGUUCCUCCGGUUCCUACGUGGAGAUCCCCAACAACGGUCGGCUGGACGUGCGCUACUCCCUCACCGUCCUGGCCUCCAUCUACCCCACCGGGGCCCACGGGCCGCUGUUUAACUACCGGACUGACGACUGGGGCUUUCAUUUCUGGCAAACAGCCGCCAACCAGAUAUUUGUAAGAGCCGUUACCAGAGACGGCACGCUGCUGGAUGCCGUGAGUGCGGACGUACUCCUGCAGAGUGCCUGGAACUAUGUCGGCGCCACGUACAACUACGGGACCGGGGAGCUCGCCGUCUGGCACGAAGGGAGCCAAGCGAACAGCCAGUCUGUAGGCGUGACGGAGUUAGCCACGCAGUACGCCGUUAGGGUGGGAUAUAGGGACGGAGAGUCGCGCGCGUUCUCCGGUAGGAUAGCCUGUCUGCAGCUGUAUGAUUACGCAAUGCAGCAGGGUCAGAUUCUAGAGGCAAGGACAAAGUGUGAUGCCACCACUGUAUCACCCAUAGAGGCCCCAGUUUGUCCGAUACCAGACUAUGUUCCCUAUAACGGGGACUGCUACAAGAGUUUUGCCGAAGAGAAGACAUACACUGAGGCUGGCCAGGCUUGUGCAGCGGACGGCGGGAUUUUAGCCAUGCCGAAGGACGGUGAGACCAACGCUUUUCUCGCCAGUCUGGCACCUGUAGUCGGAGGUCGCUGGUUCGGCCUGACCGACGCUGACGGCGAUGGGCAGUGGGAGUUCGCGGACGGCCAACCCCUGACAAACUUCUCCAACUGGAGAGUCGGCGAGCCCGCGCCUGAUGACGAGACCGGGCUCGGCGGCUGUGCCGGAUUGUACGCCACUGCGUCCACAUGGAAUGAAAGGGACUGCAGCAAACUCAGGGGAUUCAUCUGUCAGACAAAUGGGGGAGUAGACUGGCUGGUGCUGAACGCGUCCUCCGUGGCGGAGACGUCUGGAAGCCCGUACACGUUAGGCGGCGUGAUGUAUGAUGCCGCCGCCGCGCUGGACGGCAACAGCGCCACCUACUGGCGCCCGCAGUACUCCAGCUCAGGCGACUACUGGAUCACCUUUGACCUCCAGACGCCACACACCGUCUUCAGGCUCCGCUUCAGCGGCCCGGGUGACGUACAGCAUGACGUCAGAGCCUUUGUUCUGGAGGCGUCGCAGCUGAGCAGUCCGUACCUGUGGCACAGCGUCGUGAACAUCUCCUACAUCGCCGCCGACAGGUCCACGGAGCCGCGGGUCUAUGACGGGUUCUCCGUGACGGCCCGGUUCUGGCGGUUCCGCGUGACGGAGACACACGCCAGUCCGCCGGACGGACCGCCCUUCGUCACAGAGAUCGGCUUCUACGGGUUCGAAGCCAAAGCCAUGAUUAGCACAGUGCGCCCGAUGCCGAUGACCACAACAAAUACGCCUUUAAGGCACAGCACGAGCUCCCAAUCUCUCCCUGACAACAUCGCCCUGCGGCGGCCCGCAGCCCAGUCCAGUAUCUACAACUCCGCGAACCAGCCGGGCCUGGCCGUGGACGGGAACACGGACACGGCCUGGACGGGCGGCUCGUGCGUGCACACCGCGCAGGAGACCGGGCCAUGGUGGUCGGUAGAUCUCGGCUUCCCCAGAAAUGUCGGGAUCGUCACCGUCUACAACCGGCAGGACUGCUGCUGGGACAGGAUCAACCCUUUCCGCGUGCACGUCACGGACUCCGUGUCCAGUCUGUCUGACGUCACGAGUUGCGGGGGAGACCACAGGUUCCGGGAAGGCCAGGCCAGCAUGGAGGUGCACUGCGCAGGCCUGAAGGGACAGGUGGUGGUCAUUCAGCUUCCGGGAACCGACAGAAUGAUGAACAUGUGCGAAGUGAAGGUCUACGAAGCAACAAACAUGGCCCUGGGUCGCCCGACUGCACAGUCCAGUCACCACGUGUACAGCCAGCCGGGCGGGCGGGCCGUGGACGGGAGCAACAACACCAACUAUCUCGUCGCGCCGUUCUGCGUCCAUACCGACGGCCAGAGCGACGGCCUAGACCCCUGGUGGUACGUCAAUCUGGGAGGCACCAGGACUGUCGGUUACGUCAUCAUCUUCACCCGGCAGGACUACGGUCCCGAGAGGAUCAGCCCCUUCCAGAUCCACAUCGGAAACUCCACGGACGUCGCGGCUAACGCCAGAUGCGGGGACAGCCACACCUUCCCCACGGACCGCGUGGACAUGACGGUGUCGUGUUUCGGCAUGAGGGGGCAGUACGUCGGCAUCCUGCUGCCGGGCAGCGGCCGGAUCCUGCAGCUGUGUGAAGUGGAGGUGUACUCAGCGCCUGAAGGGUUCACCGUGCUGGCGCAAUCCUCUGGGCUGGAAGAUCCGGGCUACGGCGCCGACAGCUCCUACGUCAUCAGCAACGGGCAGCUGAGCAGGGUUGAAGCAGGAACAGGCACAUGCGGACAGUCCACGUUCCGCCACUUCCCGGAAACUGGCUGCGGGGGGUCUGCAGUGGACAUCACGGGGUACCAGGGUGUUUCCCUGCAGUUCUGUGCCGAGGCGUGCUGCGCGGAGCUGACUUGCCUGUCGUUUCAGUACAGCACCAGGGGCGCCUGCUGGCUGAAAAACAAGCUCUGCUCCUCCGCAGAGAAACAUUCGAAUUCAGAUGGCAACAUGUAUGAUCGACUUGUCCUACCAGUUCUCCGGCGCGGGCACCAGGUGUUCAUUGUGAACGAGCAGACCGGCGCAGUAGUAGAGAAGGCUGUGUUCGACACCCAUCAUGGAGGAGGAGGCGUCACAGCAGCGCGACAGCUGACCACCUUUCUGCAAGGCAUACCCGAGGGACGCGUCGUCGCGAUUGUUGUUCAUGACAGCGGCGACACCGAAGCAGACAGCGAGCCUGACCUAGCGGCGUAUGGGGCUACAGCAACACGACUAGGUACCAGAGAAUCCUGGGCUAUGAUCAGUCAGAAGGGGGCGAUUCCAUCCUGGUUUGUGGAGGGCACAAGCGCCAGAGGUGCCGGACCCACCAUUGUACAAGCAUAUGUACAAACAGGUACCGCUACCCCCACGCCGACCCCCCAGCCGGACCCCCUGACGCCGCUGCAGUACUGCUGGAGUGCCGAGUACGGUAUGAGCGCCGUAAACGGGUUUAUAUCCGGGGGAGAGAGGUCCAGCGAUUCGCCCAACUACUGGUACUUCGGCGACUUCUCCGACACGGAGGGAUACGAAGCGUGCGCGCAAGCCUGCGAUGCGGAGCCGCUCUGCAUGGCCUUCUCGUUCCACUACUCGGCCUACGGGAACAGCUGGGGCAGCCAGUGUUACGGAAGAGGCGCCAUUGUGGACACGCUGGUCCCGUCAGCAAACAUCGUGAGCGGGCAGAGGCUGGGAGUGAGCUGCGGUGACGUCACGUGUGUGCAGGUGCUGGACAGGUGUGACGGGUGGGCGGACUGUGCGGACGGGCAGGACGAGGCGCCUGAUGUGUGUGAUGUGCAGGAGACGACUCCAGUACAGGCCACCCCGACCAGGCAGCUGGUUUGCGAGCGUCAGACGAUGUCCCUGGAGUGUCCAGCUGGCUCUCAGAUCGGCGUCUUGUGGGCCGUGUACGGCAGGAUACGGCAGGAUGCGCCACCGUGCGUCUCCAACCCCAACACGAACUGCAGGGCUCCCACGAGUUUCUCCCGCGUGACUGAAGAAUGCGGAGGGAAGCCUAGUUGUACCAUCCAAGCUAGCAACAGCGUCUUUAGCGAUUCGUGCUCAGGGGUUGAGAAAUAUCUGGAUGUUUUAUACGAAUGCAGGCAACCAGGCCUUGUUGCUGCCACCGGCGUUUGGCCUCUAAACAGACAGCAUGAAGCCAACGACACCAGCGGUAACGGAUACCAUGCGACGCCCGAGGGCGCUAGCACACGGUUAGCCCCUGGGCUGAAGGGAGAACCCUCGGGAUCUUACUCCUUCCCUAGUUCCCAGGCAUCCUCCCUCCGCAUCGCCAACAGUGGAGUUUUCGGUGCCGCGGGUUCCUUCACUGUUUUACUGCACGUCUACCCCACCGGGGAAGGCGGCACACUACUGACUUUCUCAGAUGGCCAAAAAGCGGAAAUCCGACAGGAAAAUUCGACUUUCCUGAUAUUCAAACUUCUAUCAUCGUCUCUGAACCUUACCCUGGAAGCGUCGGUCUUGACGCUCAAUAGCUGGAACUAUGUGGGAGCGUCGUACAACUACAGCACGGGGGUCGCCCUGGUCUGGCACGAAGGCACUCCUGUGGCGAAAUCAAACUUCGGCCGGUUAGAGCUGUGCUCCCAGGGCGACAUGAUAGUCGGCUCCAGCUCCGGGGAUCCGUCCGCGUUCGGAGGGAGGAUUUCCUGCCUGCAGAUUUACGGCGCGGCGCUCAGCAAGGCCGAUGUGGGGAGGGCACGGGAAACCUGCUACGGAGGAAACGUGGCUGUAGGCAAGCCUGCGAACCAGAGUAGCAGCUCGGUGGUGCCGGACGGGGACAGCGGCGCAGGGCAGGCGGUGGACGGGUACCUGGGCACGGCAGGAGACGCCUGCACGGCCGCGGAGCGGGACGCCGAGCCCUGGUGGCUGGUGAACCUCGGGGACAGCACGUCUGUUGGAUCUGUGCGGAUUCUCAGCCAAGGCUGCUGUGGGAACAGACUAGAGAAUUUCCAGGUGAGAGUUGGCGACUCGCCCAACUUCCUACAGAACCAGGCAUGUGCAGGCAUGUACACGGGAACGCCCUCUGGCGGAGAGAGGAUAGAGUUGCAUUGCCGGGAAGGCACAGCUGGGCAGUACGUUUCCGUGCAGACCAUCAAAACUUCGGACCGCCUGUCGCUCUGCGAGGUGGAAGUAUUCCCGGAAACAGGUGUGAGCCCGUCCCUGGCCUGUGGUGAGACGACGCUGUGUAACCCUACCCAUACCUUCCCGUCCCACAGGUGUGACCCCGUCCCUGCCCUGUGGUGAGACGACCCUGUGUAACCCUACCCGUACCUUCCCGUCCCACAGGUGUGAGCCCGUCCCUGGCCUGUGGUGAGACGACGCUGUGUAACCCUACCCGUACCUUCCCGUCCCACAGGUGUGACCCCGUCCCUGCCCUGUGGUGAGACGACGCUGUGUAACCCUACCCGUACCUUCCCGUCCCACAGGUGUGAGCCCGUCCCUGGCCUGUGGUGAGACGACGCUGUGUAACCCUACCCGUACCUUCCCGUCCCACAGGUGUGAGCCCGUCCCUGCCCUGUGGUGAGACGACCCUGUGUAACCCUACCCGUACCUUCCCGUCCCACAGGUGUGACCCCGUCCCUGCCCUGUGGUGAGACGACGCUGUGUAACCCUACCCGUACCUUCCCGUCCCACAGGUGUGAGCCCGUCCCUGGCCUGUGGUGAGACGACGCUGUGUAACCCUACCCGUACCU